GUGGACUCAUUGUGCAUCGUGCAUGACGACAACGAUCUCUUACAGAACGCAAUCAAAAGCAUGGGGGAAAUUUAUCGAAACUCGAUUCUGACUAUCGCUGUCGUAUCAGCAUCAGCUGCUUUUCCUCUACAUCUUGAUCUAAAAGGGUCAAAAUACGAGAGUCGCGCUUGGAUAUACCAAGAGCGACUACUUUCUACGCGAGCCCUCUACAUUACGAAAAGCAUGGCGUAUUACCAUUGCUCAAAGCAUGAGUGGUCGGAA